CAUUAUUGAAUAAUUUCUUGCUUCGAAUUAAAGAAUUUUUUUCCAGGGCAAGCCCAAAGGGCAUGGACAAAGACUCGACUCAAGACUCAAUAACAAGACUAAAAUAGAAAAACCGCGGUAGUUCGUAAUCAAACAAACUACCGAUGAAAGAGCCUGUAAUGAAUGCAAUAAUAAUCUUAUUGCACUACAGUUAUCAUGUUUUGACCAAACUGGACAUUGCACACCCUUUAUCCUCGAGAAAAUUAAACUUUGACGAUGUGAGGGGUUACAUUGAACGUCAAAUUCUAUCAUCUUUGACGACGAUGUGGACAGGGAAGAAACAACAUUCGAGACCUUGUUUAGUAAAACAUAAAGUUCACACGCUUUAUUUGAGAAAGUAUCAAAGUUUAAAGACCAAUGUUUGUAUUAAUCCAAUUAGGGGUGGGAAACAGUCCGGUCCGGUUAAAACCGGACCGGAUUAACCCGGUUUUUUGAAACGUUUUGGCAUACAGCACAACCGAAGACGGAUACCCGGUUUCAACCGUGACCGGACUGGAUGGGAUCCAAUCCGGUCCGGUUUCAACAAAAAACUGGGUAAAAUUGGAUCCUCCCAAAAACGCUACCGUUUGAAUGAAAUUAAAAAAAAACUAUCUCCCAAACCCCACCUCCCACCCGCACAAUCACAAAUGAACAAUCUCUAAUUUUUUUUUUAUUGAAACACAAUCCCUAAUUCUUCCCUUAGCGAUUAUUCUUCUCCUUCUGCCUCUUCGUGAACAAAAUUAACCCAACCUAUUCUUUUCUGCUUUCUCAUCGAUGCUGGCAAAGCAUUGUUGGCGGAGUUCCAGAUGACGACACUGGCAAAGAAGAGUCGGAGGAAGAGGAUGGGUGCGCCUUAGCCUCUCCUUUCGGAUAGGAGAUCGGAUUCUAGCGAAUUCCAAAAUCAUCGCCUCGCCGCCGACUUCCUCAGCGUCGAUUCGACAGCAAAGUUCAGAUCUCGGUGAGGAACUUGCUGACUGGGGAAUCGUCGUAGAUCCGCUGGAUGGUGCCAUGACGGGAGUAUCUAGGUCCUUGCAUGUCGGGAGAGACGCGAAUCGAGGCUUGGCUGAGAUGUUCCCUCCUCCGACUGAGCGUUCAUCGACCAGAGGGUGAAGUAGCCGGAGUGUAGAGAGAACGAGGGCUGGGCUCGUCUGAGCUUUCGUCAGGCAGAGGGUGAGGCGGAAUAAGGGAGAGUAGAGAGAACGAGGGCUGAGCUCGACUGACCGUUCGUCGCAAGAGGGUGAGUCGGCCGAAGGGAGAGAAGAGGGAAACGAGGAAGAAUGUUGGAGAAAGAGAACAUGAAGAAGCGUAAGCAGCGCGCGACGGAGUGUUGGAGCAUUGGAGGUGAUCGAUUUUUAGGGUUUUGCGGGCCGUGGGCUUUGGGAGUGGGCUAUGGGCUAUACGGGCAAUUAUCCGGUUUCCGGUUAAAACUGGACCAAAUUGGACCGGGACUGGGGCGGUUUUUUCCCCUAGACUCUGACCGCAGACUGGAUUGGGUUAAAUGGUAUUCGGUUUCCGGUUAUAACUGGGCCAGUUUAAACUGGGCGGUUUCCGGUUUGACCGGAAAACCGGGACCGGAUUUCCAGCCCUAAAUCCAAUCAUCAGUUAGCCCAUCUCGAUCCAACUACUUCUUCUGCUGCGGGCCAUAUCGCUGGUUCCCGCUUGGAAUGGAUUUUAUCUUCUGAGUUCUGACCCUUCCAUCUCUCUGUUCUCCGUCCCCUUCUCUAGCAGAACCGGCUCGCUCAUCCGCCGCCGCCGCUGACGUGAAGCAAUUAAAGGUGUUGCAACUCUAAGCACUUUACCCUCGAUGCAAUCUUCGUUUUAUUUUCCGUUCCAGAACGAUAGAAUUAAGCUUUCAGCCCCAAAUUUCGGGUUUUUCCAUUCUAGAGUAUAAUAGGAAUAUCUCUGGUUUGAAAUUGCCAUGGUACAGGCUAUAGGGAUCUUUGGGGGCGACAAUGGCAAGUUCGAUAGCAGCCGCUACUGGAACGGCGUCAUGGAUGAGGAUGGGCAGCAGGGUAAUCCCUGAUUUCUGCCAUCUGCCCCUCCAUUCCGCUACUCGAUCCCCGGUUCUGAAACCUCUUGCCUUGCGAUUCUCUUCAUUUGCGCCUUCCCCCUCUCGGACGUGGAGCGCGAGGAAGUUCUCUGUUUCUGCCUCCAAGUCUACUGCUGAUCAACACCAGCAAGUCCGGGUUCGUUUCGCUCCUUCUCCUACUGGGAAUCUUCAUGUUGGUGGUGCUCGGACUGCUCUCUUCAAUUAUCUCUUUGCAAGGUCCAAAGGUGGUAAAUUUGUGCUGAGGAUUGAAGAUACCGACUUGGAGAGGUCGACUAGAGAAUCUGAAGAGGCCGUGCUCCAGGAUCUUGCUUGGCUUGGUCUUGAUUGGGAUGAAGGUCCUGGGAUUGAUGGAGACUAUGGCCCGUAUCGGCAAUCUGAAAGGAAUUCUCUUUAUAAACAACAUGCUGAGAGGCUCUUGGAGUCUGGUCAUGUUUACCGUUGCUUCUGUUCCAGUGAGGAACUUGAGAAGAUGAAGGAAGUAGCACAAUUGAAACAACUACCUCCUGUAUACUCCGGAAAGUGGGCUACUGCAACAGAUGAUGAAGUAAUGCAUGAGAUAGAAAAGGGAACCCCAUAUACCUACCGUUUCCGUGUUCCAAAGCAUGGGAAUCUGAAAAUUAAUGAUCUCAUUCGGGGUGAAGUUAGUUGGAAUCUGGACACACUUGGGGAUUUUGUAAUCAUGAGGAGCAAUGGACAACCCGUUUACAACUUUUGUGUCACAGUGGAUGAUGCUACCAUGGCUAUCUCACAUGUUAUUAGGGCUGAAGAGCAUUUGCCAAAUACUCUGAGGCAAGCAUUAAUAUAUCAGGCUCUUGGAUUUCCGAUGCCUCAGUUUGCACACGUAUCCCUAAUUCUAGCACCUGAUCGUAGCAAGCUAUCGAAAAGGCAUGGUGCAACUUCAGUUGGUCAGUUCAAGGAGAUGGGCUACCUUCCCCAAGCAAUGAUAAAUUACCUGGCACUUUUAGGUUGGGGGGAUGGCACUGAAAAUGAAUUUUACAGCCUUGAACAACUAGUUGAAAAGUUCACAAUUGAUCGUGUUAACAAAAGUGGCGCCGUGUUUGAUUCCACUAAGUUGAGGUGGAUGAAUGGCCAGCAUUUAAAAGCGCUUCCAUCUGAGAAAUUGACAAAGCUUAUAGGUGAACGGUGGAAGAACAUUGGAAUCCUAAUGGAGUCCCAGGGUUCUUUUAUAGAAGAGGCUGUUAAUCUGCUUAAGGAUGGCAUAGAUUUGGUACCUGAUGCAGACAAAGUGAUGUUGAAUCUGUUGUCAUAUCCCUUACAAGAGACGUUAAUGAGUGCUGAAGGUAAAGCUGUUGUAGAAGACAAACUUUCUGAAGUAGCAGAGAAGCUGUUGGCAGCAUUUGACAGCGGGGAGCUUAUUACUGCUCUAGAAGGAGGUCAUUCCGGGUGGAAGAGUUGGGUGAAGGACUUUGGUAAAUCUACAAAGCGCAAGGGGAAAUCUUUGUUUAUGCCGCUGAGGGUGCUGCUAACUGGGAAGCUGCAUGGUCCUGACAUCGGUGGGAGCAUGGUGUUGCUCCAUAGAGCUGGGAGUGAGGGUCUAGUGUGCCCUCAAGUUGGAUUUUUGAGAUUGGAAGAGAGGUUUAAGCUGUUGAGGGAAGUGAACUGGGAGGCGUUAUCAUCGACCAAAGAUGAAGAAGGUGCUGCUGUGGAACCAGCUGCUGCUGGUGUGUUGAACUGAAAGAGUGCUCUUACUGCUGCAUAGGGCGGUUGCUUUCGGUUUUGUUGGUCAAGAGAGGGUUUUUGACGUUUGAUUGAGCUUUUUGUUUAUAGCUAGCCAUGUAGUUGAGGGGUGUGUUUGUUUCAUCAUGUUCUUUAGCUUCCAAAUGUUUAGGAAUUAGGACUAUUGGCCAAGAUUCAGGUGGAAUAAUUAUCUGAACCCUAUUAUUCGUAACUAUAUUGUUGAAUACUUAGACAAUAAUAACUAUAUGGUGGG